CUCUGUCCUGCAACAAAAGUAUAUAAGGACGGCAUUAAGCUGUCACAUGGUCCACUUAACGAAAACUACCUUUACUCUUAGUUACAGUGAAUCUGAGGCAGGUCCAUCACUGUAACUUCAACAACAAGUCCAACCUAGGACUCAUGGUUGAAGAUGCCCACUACUAGCAGAAUCAUUUCAGAAACCCGGAUGUCGAAUAAAGCUAAGAAAACCAAAUCCGAAAACACACCCACAGAGAAGACUCCAGUUUAUGAACCAAAUAUUCCUGAACCCAAAUGCAGAGCUGACCUCAUCAAACACUGGAUUAACUUGUCCUUAGAUGACCGGACAGCGAAUAAGGUGCUGUGGAUCACAGAAGGAGGGGCUAAAGUGGCCCGUAUGACUGAUGACAUUACAUGUCCUGUCUUGGAUAGACCAGAGAGAUUUGAAUAUGCUCCACAGGUUCUUUGCAAAGAAGGCAUCCUGGGCUUCAGAGGCUACUGGGAGGUGGAGUUCUUUGGAUGGGUUGUUGUUGGAGUUGCAUACGAACGAGCUGGGAGGAGAAACAGUGAGGGACCCUGUGGCUUUGGAGAGAAUGAAGAAUCCUGGGGUUUCGGAUGGAGUGGUUCCUGCUAUCAUACCUGGCACAAUGGUCACAGUACAGAGAUAAAAGGGAUUCCUAAAUGCUCUGUUAUAGGUGUAUAUAUUGAUCAGCCAGCUGGUUUACUUAAUUUCUAUGCUGUGGAGGAGGUAAAGGAAGGAGCGGAGGAAACCUGUAGAAAGGAGGUUAAACUUGUGCAGCAGAUUAGGGGCUCCUUUGAGGAAAAAAUGAUCCCAGGUUUUUGGGUGGGGACACAGUCUCAUUGUUUGAUCCUAAAAAUGGAAAAAUGAAGAACAAAACCAGACUCAUAAAACCCGACUUAAGUGAAUGAAACAUAACCCCCCAAUUGAACUAAAUUCUCUAGGAUGGCAGCUUCAUACCAACAACUGAAACCACAAGAUAAUUUAAUGUGUGUUUUAUUUAUUUUUUUCAUUUUUUCCAAAUGUAAUCAAGCUAGACGUGUCCAAAACCUUUGUGGGUAACACAUUAGAAUCAAAACAAAUGCACUCAUGUUAAAUGGUGUUGUAUUGCAAAAGGAGCUAUGUGCAAUUAGAAGAUUUUCUAUUGACCAUUCAUAUUUUAGUAUAACUAUUCCAGUCAAGGUUUAUAGUGAUAUAUUUGUAUGUAUAAAUAGUAUUUUUCCUAUAAUAUAACUGUUUUCAAGAAGUGUAUACUGUACACUUAUAUGAAGUUUAUUUAAACUGUUAAAUAUAUAAAAUUUAAUAACUAAAAAUACCAACAGACUGAUGAG